AUGGAUGAACCAGUAGCCUCCAUAGAAGACGUUGGACGCCAAGAAGACAUCACAACUGUUGACCUGAUGGGAUCUUCUUCUCUCAUGGAGGAUUCACGUGCACUAGAAAUUGGUGGUGGUCCUCGAGAAGACGAACAACAGAUAACACAGAACACCACGGUUACCAUGGGAGUAGAGACCAUCGGCACCAUUUCACAUAUGUCUGGAUCAGUGGAGAAUGAAGUACCUGAUGAGGAGGUGGUUCACAAAGCUGGGCAAAAUUUGGUCACUCCUGAAGUUGGAAUGACUUUUCAAUCCGAGGAAAAGGCUUAUGAGAUGUACAACACCUAUGCCGGUAAGGUAGACAAGGAAGAUGGUCGUAUAGCAAAUUUCUUUUGGGCAGAUGGUCAGUCUAUCAUGGAUUACAAAUGCUUUGGUGAUGCUGUGUUAUUUGACACCACAUUUCAAACUAAUAAGUUUGAAAUGCCUUUUGCUCCGAUUCUUGGCACCAACCAUCACAAGCAAACAAUAAUUUUUGGAUGUGCACUUCUAUUUAAUGAAACUAUUGAAUCAUUUGUUUGGCUUUUUGAAACCUUUCUAACGGCAAUGUCAGGAAAGCACCCAAGCACAAUUUUUACAGAUCAAGAUGCGGCUAUGGCAGCAGCAAUUGCUUAUGCAUUCCCAAAUACCAGCCACCGUCUUUGUUUGUGGCACAUUUGCUUAAAUGCUACUAAACAUCUUAGUCAUGUAAUUCAUGCGUCGGAUAACAAGUUCUUACCAAAUUUCAAAAGAUGUGUGUACGAAGAUAGAUCAGAGACUUACUUCAUAGAGAAAUGGCAUGAAUUGUUGGCUAAAUACAACCUUGAGAAUAACUCAUGGAUGGCAAACCUAUAUGCUUUGAGGGCAAAGUGGGCUGCGGUAUACCGUGACUCUUUUACAACAGACAUGAACUCGACCCAAAGGAGUGAAGGUAUGAAUAAUGUCUUCAAGAAAAGAUUUCGUAGGAAACUCGGUCUUUCAGAACUCCUUGUAGAAUGUGAGAAGGUUGCAGUUAGUCUCCAUGCAAAUGAGUUGGAUGCUGAUUUUAAGUCACGCCAAAAGAACCCAGUUGCAUACAUUCCAAAUCUACCUAUGUUGAAUACUGCAGCUGAAUCAUAUACAAGGAGAAUGUAUUCAGAAUUUGAGGAAGAAUUUAAAAGACAAUUUACAUUGUCUUGUGAAUUGUUGGAAGCUGCAGGGACAAACUUGACAUUCUUUAAGUAUAUGCAAUCUGACCGUGGAGCAACAUUAGUAUUGAACACCGAAGAUUCCACCAUUACAUGCUCUUGCCAGAUGUUUGAAUCCAUAGGUUUAUUGUGCAAGCAUGCUCUUAGAGUCUUCAAUAUGAAUGGAGUAUACAAUUUGCCAUCGCAAUAUAUACUGCCUAGAUGGACAAAAUAUGUGAAAACUGGAUUUUAUAUUGAGAAACAAGGAACUGAGAAGGGAGAUUUGAAAACACAGGCAGCACUUAUAUCUCGACAGGCCACAUCUCUUGCAUUGAAGUGUUCGCCGUCACAAGAACUUCUUGAUAAAUUGCAGAAAGCCAUACAUAACUUGAACUUGGAAGCGGAUACUUAUCUAAGUGAGAUGCAUGAAAAACCCAAUGAGGUUCCUCCAGUUCCAAAUGAAUGUGUCCUAGAUGCAUUAAAUGGUGUAAUAUCAUUUAAAAUUCCUCAAGUAAUAAAAGGUUCAAAGCAUACACGUUUUAAAAAUGUUGUUAAAAAGAAGCCAGGGAAGAAGAAGAAGGGUGCUCAGAAGAAAGGUAUCAAUGAACUCAACACUGAUACAAUUGUUGACAACCUAUCCGUACUUCUGAAACAUCUACAUUCAUGCACACUUUCAGUUCUUCAAGGAAUCCCAUAG